GCCUUAAAAUCGAUUUAUUGUUUAGGUGGAACGAGAUGUAAAACACCCAGCUACUUCAAAAGAUUUUGAAUUGAAACCACAGAAACCGGACUCGCAAGAUGAGCAUCACUCUUUUGAGGAUGAACACCAACUAGAGCAAGAAAGGUUGAGAAGAAGAGGAAAUUCUGUCCUUGGCAUAAUGCCUUUAGAAACCAAAGGACGGACCUUUGAAGCGGAACAAGGCAGACAUGUGGAUAACCCAUUUAGUGAUAGUCACGAGGUUUCUAAGCCUGCUCCACCAAGGAAUGACCAAAGCAGCGAAGGCAAUACAACGAACUUAAACCCUUCAAUGCCUGAUUCUGCGGCGUCAUCAAACUAUGUUUCAGUCGAAGAAAGCAAAGAGUUUACACCAUAUGGUUCAAUCCAUAGCACACCGCCUGACCAAAUCUCACAAAGCCCAUUAAUGCAACCCGUUUCUCCCAGACAUACAGCAGAAUCAGAGCCUUGGCGAUUUGAAGAUAGUUCUUUCAUUCAACCAGACGAAGAUGAUGAAGCCUUUGAAUACCAAAGUGUAAAUAAUUCUUUGCAACUUCCACGUGCACGUGGCCACAGUAAUACAACUGUUUCAAGUUCUAGCAGUUGGUCAGAUAUUGAAGCUUCAGCUCAUCAAGCACGAAGUGAUAUAUCCGAUAGCGACAUUAGCAUCAUCGGCAAAGACAAAGCUAGCCAUAGCGACCACAGCACCUCCGAAGAUGAAGAUGGAUUCGUGGACGUUGCAUCACAUGGAUCGAGGAGUGCAUGAACGUUUCUUGUUCCAGCGACGCUCGCUGUAUGCGAAUGAUCCCACGGAUAAUCAAUCCGUCCUAGGUCAUUAUUGAUUUCUUAUACUACUUUCAUGUAUUUUCAUACCUUUCCCUGUAAACCAAU